AUGGUUGGAAACGAAGGAGAUUUCUCGGCACUAUCACUCUCAUGGAUGAUACAAGUUACUUCAGCCCCCGUCUACGGCUAUGGAGCUCCGGCCAUAACUACAUGGAAGGAUUCGCGCGCGGGUAUUCAGAGCAAAAAGGGCAAGCCUUGGGCCGUGCCUCUGCCGGGAGGCUCAGGCGAUAUGAUAGUCCUUCCUCAUCACUGUGGAAAAGAAUUUUUCAACUUACCGAAAGAUAACCUCAGCAUGAGGCACAUGAUGUCAGAUGAAAUCAACUUCAACCACAUCCUGGAUGCUGCCUGGAAGGUUCCCGUCGAGGCCAUGCAAGCAUGCAACAAGCCGAGCGCCCUGAAAAAACUAGAUCCUCUUAUCAUGAAGGAGGCUGAUAAUAGCAUUAGUCAAGCCAUGGGCUCAUCAAAGAGCUGGAACGAAGACUCUAUUUUCAAUAUAUCACUUCAGGUUCUAAUUGACACGGGUGUUCUCCUUGUUUUCCAUCCUGGCUUUGGGCGAGAAGCAGGACUUGCAAAACAAAUGGGUGAAUAUGUCGGUCAAGUUGAAGCACGAACACAUCUCUACGAGUCAAUGCCCCGGAUAAUGGGACCUCUUCUGGAAUUAUUCGCGCCUGAGUGUCAUCAGAUCAGAUCAUCCAUGAAAUCAAUGAAAAAGACAAUCGUGCCGGAACUUAGACGUUUACUUAAGCAGAAACGAGCGAGUCCACCAACCAAUGACGACCACUUCUACGCCAGCUCAAUGAUUGAACUUGCGCUGAAAAAGGGACCCCUAACCCGCAAUGGAGUGACGAAGGAUGAAGAACACCACAUUGAUAUGAUGGCUGAUGAGACCAUGUUCAUGUUCUUUGAAGCGGUCGAACCCACAACCAUGAUUCUAGCCGCUUUCAUUGCCCGAUUUUUACGCCAUAGAGAGUUCCUCGAGCCGGUCAGGCUCGAACUGGAACAGGCCCUGAAAUUGAAUGAUGGCAAAUGGAACUUCGACCUCUUCAAUCACACCCCGAGGUUUGAGAGCUUCAGCAGGGAGGUCCUACGCAUGGACUGCAUCAAUAUGGUUGCCGGUAGUCGUCAAAUCGUUAAGGAACCAGUCACAAUCAAAUCACUUGGCAUGACUUUCGGCCCUGGAACGAACCUCACUACAUCUGGUGCAUUUACCCAUCUAGAUCCUGACUUCUACCCAGAUCCUACAAGAUUCGAUGGCAACCGUUUCUAUAAACCUGAUUCAGCAGCCAGCGACAUCCUCCGCGAUACGAUCUCACCUAAUGAACAAUGGGUGUCUUUCGGACUUGGAAUCUCGUCAUGUCCCGCAAGGCUACUGGGGACCAGGCUGUGCCAGAUCAUGGCCGCAAAGAUACUCUUGGGUUAUCACAUAGAAUUGGCACAUGAAGAUGGCAAAUGUCCAGAUUUCAAUAUAUAUGUGGAUGCCGUCGGAAUUCUGAACCCAGAGAUCAGGAUGAGAUACAAAAGCCGGCAGUAA